AUUAUCAAAUUGAUACAAAUAUUUACUAUUAUUGUAUAAUGAUAGAUCUUCUCAAAUGCAAUUAUCUCGCAGGAGAAGUACCAUUGAAAGACGUCUUACCUUACGAAGAGAAACUCAACCAUUGGCUGUUGAACCAACAUUAUUAGAGAGAAGACUCUACGAAGCAUUUGAUGUAUUUGACAAUGCAAGAAGUGGAGAAGUCGAUGUUAGAGAUUUGGGAACUAUAAUUAGGGCAUUAGGAUGUGUCAUCACGGAAGCUGAAUUGCAAGAGAUACAAGUAGAAGUAGAAGAUGUUGAAAACAAUUGUGUGCCAAUAAAUAGAUUUGUAGAAUACAUGAGCAAAGCAAUUAAUGAACGCAAAUUCAAGCCAGCAGAACCAGAAGAGCUAUUGAAAGCGUUCCAAUUAUUAGAUCCUGAAAAUCGCGGAUAUAUUAUGAAAAGUGAUUUAGAGAAAUCAAUUAUGGAAAUUGGGGAACCAUUUACAAAGGAGGAAGUGGCCGAUAUGAUGGCUGUAGCUUGUGAUGCGGAAACAGGAAAAAUUAAUUACGAGCAUUAUAUUAACUUACUAAUUGUGAAAAUUCCCGAAGAUAUUAACGUAUAUAGUAUUGUUGAUCAAAUAGAAGCUGCAAAAUUGGCAGCAUUACCUAAACGACACAUAUGGGAAAGUUUUUUAUUUAAAGAUGAUAUUACCUGACAAAAGAGUUGCUAUAUUAUUUGAAAAGUAAAAUG